AUGAGUUCAUUUAACGGCUUGCCCCUUGCGUUUGGAAAACAACGGAAUACAGCAUCCAAAACCAAUGCAUCAUCGUCUUCGGAUUCAUCAUCUACAUUACCAUCAAGCAAACAACAAUACACAAAAAAGGCCAUAUCUAUUCUACCACAGGCAUCCACUAAAUCAAACGCCUAUUCACCAGCCAUUUCAAAAACAUUGAAGUCUCAUCAAGAAGAACAAAAACCAAUGGUAUUUACUCAAGUACGACAUUUUGAGGAGGUAGAAGAAGAUGAUGAGGAUGAAAUGAAUGAAAAAAUCAAUUCGAUCGAUGAGUCCGACGAACAUCAAAGUAGUAGCACUUCUACGGUUGAUGCAACAAGCCAACACACAUCAACAUUUAAAGAAUUCAUUCCGUGUUGUUCUCAUUCUGUCAAAAUGAAAGGACAUAAAAAAGCAGUCACAGCACUGGCUAUUGAUCCUAGUGGUUCACGAUUAAUCUCAGGUUCAAGUGAUUAUGCUCUCAAGUUUUGGGAUUUUCAAGGCAUGGAUGAAUCUUUACAACCAUUUAAAUCUAUUGAUGAAGUUACAAGAGAUGGGUCCUAUGCUAUCAAGCAUUUAGAAUUUAGUAACAGUGGUGAUAAAUUUAUAUUAUCAGACAAUUCAUUACAAGCCAUAUUGUAUAAUAGGGAUGGACAGAAAUUAGGACGAUUUAAAAAAGGUGAUACUUAUAUUGUCGAUAUGAGUAAAACCACCGGACAUACAGCAUCAUGGACAGGAGUGAAAUGGCAUCCCGAUGCAUCCAAUCGUUUUGUAUUGAGUAGUUCCAUGGAUUGUACACUCCGGGUAUGGGAUAUGGAAUAUUUUAAUAGUAAGGGACAUAAGAGUGUUUAUAAGACUCGUAAUUCAAAAGGAAUCAAAACACCAUGUACUUCUUGUUGUUAUAACAAUGCAGGUAAUUUAAUGGUAGCUGGAUGUAGCGAUGGAUCGAUUCAAAUAUGGAAGGACAAUUCAAAUGGAAACAAAAGUGAUAUUUAUUAUGCUCCUUCUCAAAAGCAGAAUGCCUCUUCAUGCAUCACGUGUGUGUCAUUUUUAACAAAUGAUCAAACCUUGAUGGCUCGUGAUGAAACCAGUCUACAAAUUUUUGAUUUGCGCGCCAUGAACUCACCGCUCGCUGUGUGUUCAAAUUUACCCAAUUACUUUGAAAACUCGAAUUGUGUUGAAUCUCCAUUAGGAAAUUAUAUUGCUUGUGUGACUAGUUCCAUCCAUGAAAAAGAUCAUGGACAUUUAAUGAUUUAUGAUUACAAGAGCAAUGAAAUGGUACAUGAAUUAGAUUUAGGAGAAGGAGUGAGUGGGAUUCAAUUGAGAUGGCAUCCCAUUAUUAACCAAAUCUUUGUUGCAGCAUCAGAUCAUUGCAUUACAGGAUAUUAUGAUGAUGUGGGUUUUGAUCUUUCAAGUAGUACUACUUGUUCAAUGAAUGAUUCCAUUUCAAGUAGUAGUAGUAGUACUUAUCAUCAUUCCAUUCGUGGUCUAGUUACAAGUAUGAGUCGAGGAAUUAAAAAGAAGAAUAUUGAUCAGGCUCAAAUGUUACAACCUCAAAUUAUUGCUCCAUUUGCAUCUGGAAAUAGAAAACCUCUAAGAAAAGGAUCUAAAAAACAAAUUCAACAACAAGAACAACAAGAUGCAAAAUAUCAUAAACCAACCAAUCAACCGCCACAAGGACCAGGAUUUGGAGGUAGAAUUAAUGAUAGUUUUACUCAUUUCUUAAUGAAAGGAAUGGGUGUGGUUCAUCAAAAUUCAGAACAUGAAAAUGCUCGUGAAGCAAUUUUAAAACAUGCUGAACAAGCUGAAAAGAAUCCUUUAUUUAUUGCACCUGCGUAUCAACACACACAACCAAAACCAAUAUUUGCCUAUGAAGAAGAAGAAGAGGACAAUGAGGAUGGCGAUCAUCAUUCCAUGGAACACUUUACGGAAAAUGUCCAUGAUCGAUUUCGAAGUGGCAUUUCGAGACAUGAUGGAGAUCUUGAACCAUCUCAAAAGAAGAGAAAAGCAGAUUGA